CUGCUCUCCUCAUCUUGGCGCAGCGCAAGGGGAGCUUUUUUUCCUUCGUCUCAAACGUCUCUCCCCCCCCCCGCGAUCCCCGAGAGAGCCGCACAGGCAUCAAAAACAAUGGGCAACCGAGACGACGAGUACGACUUCUUGUUCAAAGUCGUGCUCAUCGGAGACUCCGGCGUGGGGAAGAGUAACCUGCUGUCGCGCUUCACGAGGAAUGAGUUCAACCUGGAGAGCAAGAGCACCAUCGGGGUGGAGUUCGCCACCCGCAGCAUCCAAGUGGACGGCAAGACGAUAAAGGCUCAGAUUUGGGACACGGCUGGACAGGAACGCUACAGAGCGAUCACCUCGGCGUAUUACCGGGGGGCCGUCGGAGCGCUCCUGGUGUACGACAUCGCCAAGCACCUGACGUACGAGAACAUCGCGCGCUGGCUGAAGGAGCUGAGGGACCACGCCGACAACAACAUCGUCAUCAUGCAGGUCGGGAACAAGAGCGACCUCCGCCACCUCAGGGCCGUGCCCACCGACGAGGCUCGCGCCUUCGCAGAAAAGAACAGCAUCUCGUUCAUCGAGACGUCGGCGCUGGACUCCACGAACGUAGAGGAGGCGUUCAAGAACAUUUUAACAGAGAUCUACCGCAUCGUGUCGCAGAAGCAGAUCGCGGACCGCUCCGCUCACGACGAGUCCCCGGGCAACAACGUGGUGGACAUCAGCGUCCCGCCGACCACCGACGGGCGGACGGGCAACAAGCUGCAGUGCUGCCAGAGCCUGUGACGCUCCACCCACACCCGCCUCCACGCCGCCUCACCCGUGCACUUUUUUUUUUGGUUUUGUGUCCGUUCCCGUCGCUCCGCUCACGGCCAACUCCCUUUUCCACUCCUCCUUUUUUUUUCCUAUUUCUUUAUACGUACAAUUCUGUUUUCUGUAAAACUUAUGAACUCACUCGUGCGCUUCUUCUUCUUCUCUCCUUUUUUUGUUUUUGGUUGCCAUGAAUUAAAACUUCCGAGAAGCCUUUAUGUCACGCGGAGUCAAUGUGAAGGUUCCUGCGGUCUCAAUGGAGCUGGUGAAGUUCUAAGAUGAACUGAAACUUUGCUUUUGGGAGGUUUUGAGAAAAUAAAAAAUAAACUAUUUCAGCGGCUGCCACUAGGUGGCGCUGUGUAAAUAAACCACAGGUAGUUCCUCCAGCCCGGCUGUGUAGUAUUGUGCUUUUGACAGCUUGGUUCCUCCAACUCUUAUCUUUUCAUCAGAUAAGUUAUGCCAAAAAAUGUCAUCGUGUAUUUAUUGAGCUGUCAUUGUUUUACUUUAAAUUUAAAAACUGUACAAAUUUACAAUAAAACUCUUGACAAAAGUAAA